GAAAACCAUUCUCCCAUUCUUACGCAACACUGGAUUGUAUCAGACAAAUUGCACUGGCUCAGCAACUUAACUCCCCUUUGCAGUAGGUGUGACCAAUCGGGUCGUUUACUGCUUCUUUGAAUAGUUAAUCUUUUACAUACUAUUGUUGGAGGUAAGUGAUCUGUUGCGGUAGCAACUAGCUUUCAUAUCUUGGGUGCCUUUCAGUCCGAGCUCGACAACAAAGCUUGUUGAUAUAUUUUUGCUCCCCGGGACGUCAACACAGAGAACUAUCAUCACUAACUGUGACACCCAUAGGUUUUUUUUUUUGAGAUCGUUCUUUGCCCGUCAUGUCGGGGCCCCAACAACCGUACGAUGACCAUCAGGGUCAUCAGUAUGGAGGUCAAACCGAUUCAUACUACCAGGAUGAAUACCAUCAAGGACAGGGAGGCCAUUACGACCAGGCCGGGCAUGGCCAGCAAUACGAUUAUGCUCAAGGCGAAGGCUAUUACGACGAACAGUACGCCAUCUGAGCUGACAAUGAUUUGCUUCAUCGGCUAACCUAUCGUAGGGAAUACUACAAUGCUGGACAACAAGGGGGAUACGGGCAAGAUGCUGGAUACUAUGGAGACGGGCGGGGUGGUGUGUUUUGUCCCUGGCUCUUUAUCUAAAUGCAGUGUUGACAUGUCUUCAAGGGUACGAGGAUGAUUACUACGGAGACCAGUACUAUGACCAGAACACUCCUGCUGCCGGCCAGCAGCCCCACCAAGGGUAUGACCGCAAAGGAAAACGCCGAGGUCACGAUUCAGAGGAGGACUCUGAGACCUUUAGCGACUUCACUAUGAGAUCUGACAUGGCCAGGGCUGCGGAUAUGGAUUACUACGGGCGCGGAGACGAACGAUACAACAGCUACGACCACGGACCGGACGGUCGACGCGGCUAUCGCCCUCCCUCCUCUCAAGUAUCCUAUGGUGGCGGUAGAUCAUCCGGCGCUUCUACCCCUGUUUACGGCGUUGAUUACACGAACAAUCUACCCGCCGGCCAGCGCUCAAAGGAGCCAUACCCAGCGUGGACGACUGAGAAUCAGAUACCCAUCUCCAAAGAGGAGAUUGAGGAUAUCUUCCUUGACCUCACCAACAAAUUUGGGUUUCAGCGCGAUAGCAUGCGCAAUAUCUAUGACCAUUUUAUGACUCUCCUCGACUCUAGGGCAUCCCGCAUGACUCCGAACCAAGCUCUACUCUCGUUGCAUGCUGACUACAUUGGCGGUGAAAACGCCAAUUUCAGGAAAUGGUACUUUGCGGCUCAUCUUGAUUUGGAUGAUGCUGUUGGAUUUGCCAACAUGAAACUGGGAAAGACAAGUCGCCGUGCUAUGAAGGCUAGAGCGGCUGCUAAAAAGAACAAACCCCAAGGUGAAAACGAGGAACAGACACUGGCUCAAAUGGAGGGAGAUAAUAGCCUAGAAGCUGCCGAGUAUCGGUGGAAGACUAAGAUGAACCGGAUGUCUCAACAUGAUCGGGCACGGCAGAUUGGCCUUUUCCUGCUCUGUUGGGGUGAGGCAAAUCAGGUCCGUCUCAUGCCGGAAGCCUUGUGCUUUAUCUUCAAAUGCGCGGAUGAUUAUCUCCACUCCCCCGAGUGUCAGGCUAAGGUCGAGCCAGUCGAGGAAGGUACAUACCUUAAGGAUAUCAUCACUCCAUUAUAUCAGUACUGUCGUGAUCAAGGAUACGAGAUUGUUGAUGGGAAGUUCGUCCGACGAGAACGGGAUCACAGUCAACUUAUCGGUUACGAUGACUGCAAUCAAUUGUUUUGGUAUCCCGAAGGCAUUGAAAGGAUCGUCAUGACUGACAAGUCUCGCCUUGUUGAUGUUCCCGGGCCACAACGGUAUUUGAAACUCAAGGAGGUUGAGUGGAAAAAGGUGUUCUUCAAGACAUACAAAGAAACGCGUUCCUGGUUUCAUAUGGCUACCAACUUCAAUCGUGUCUGGAUUAUCCAUAUCGGCUCCUUCUGGUUUUACACUGCGUUUAAUUCCCCUACGCUUUACACCAAGGAGUAUCAUCAGCAACUUAACGAGAAACCUCAUGCGGCCGCUCGGUGGUCUGCAGUUGCUCUUGGUGGUGCUGUUUGUACGUUCAUCAUGAUUGUUGCUACCUGUGCUGAAUGGGCUUUUGUUCCUCGCCAAUGGGCGGGAGCUCAGCAUCUCACCAAACGCCUCUUGUUCAUCCUAUUCAUCUUUGUUAUUAACGUUGCACCCAGCGUUUACGUCUUCAUGAUUGAUGGGAACAAUGGUGGAAAGAUUGCAAGAAUUCUGGGUAUUGUGCAAUUCUUCCUUGCUUUGGCUACAUUCUUCUUUUUCUCUGUUAUGCCUCUUGGUGGAUUGUUUGGUAGCUACUUGACCAAAAACUCGCGCCGUUAUGUUGCCAGUCAAACGUUUACCGCCAGCUAUCCUCGCUUGCGCGGCAAUGAUAUGUGGAUGUCCUACGGGAUCUGGGUCCUGAUCUUUGCAACUAAGCUGAUUGAGUCGUACUUUUUCUUGACUCUUUCUUUUAGAGAUCCUAUUCGGGUGUUGUCAGUCAUGAAAAUUGACAAUUGCUUGGGAGAGAAGCUUCUUGGGACUGGGGAUGCUGCUAAGAUGCUUUGUCAACGUCAACCUCAGAUCCUGCUUGGUAUUAUGUAUAUCACUGAUCUGACCUUAUUCUUCUUGGAUACAUAUCUUUGGUAUAUUGUUUGGAAUACUGUUUUCUCCGUUGCUAGAUCGUUCUACCUUGGUGUGUCUAUCUGGACACCAUGGCGAAACAUCUUUUCCCGGCUCCCCAAGCGUAUCUAUUCCAAGGUCUUGGCCACUACCGACAUGGAGAUUAAGUAUAAGCCAAAGGUCUUGAUCUCUCAGAUUUGGAAUGCUAUUGUUAUUUCUAUGUAUCGCGAGCAUCUUCUUGCGAUUGAUCAUGUCCAGAAGUUGUUGUAUCAUCAGGUAUAGUUUCUUUUGCAAAUCAUUAGCUGCUCUUGCUAACUAUCGCAGGUACCAUCGGAACAAGAGGGCAAACGGACCUUGCGAGCUCCCACCUUUUUCGUCUCUCAGGAGGAUCACUCGUUCAAGACGGAAUUUUUCCCAAGCGGUAGUGAGGCCGAGCGACGUAUCUCUUUCUUCGCUCAAUCGCUAUCUACACCGAUUCCGGAGCCGCUGCCUGUCGACAACAUGCCUACCUUUACUGUUCUCAUUCCUCAUUACAGUGAAAAAAUUCUCCUUUCGCUGCGUGAGAUCAUCCGUGAAGAUGAUCCUUAUUCCCGUGUUACGCUUCUGGAGUACCUUAAACAGCUUCACCCUCAUGAAUGGGACUGCUUCGUCAAGGACACAAAGAUUUUGGCCGAUGAGACGUCCCAAUUCAAUGGUGAGGCCGAGAAGACCGAAAAGGAAAAGGAAGUGUCCAACAGCAAGGUCGAUGAUCUCCCGUUCUACUGCAUCGGUUUCAAGUCUGCCGCACCUGAGUACACUCUUCGAACCCGUAUUUGGGCAUCGCUUCGUUUCCAGACGCUGUAUCGCACGAUCUCAGGUUUCAUGAAUUAUAGUCGCGCUAUCAAGCUUCUCUACCGCGUCGAGAACCCUGAGGUUGUUCAAAUGUUUGGCGGCAAUACCGAUAAGCUGGAGAGGGAACUUGAACGUAUGGCGAGAAGAAAGUUCAAGAUCUGUGUUUCUAUGCAGCGCUACGCCAAGUUCAAGAAAGAGGAGAUGGAGAAUACGGAAUUUCUCCUUCGCGCUUAUCCUGACCUGCAGAUUGCUUAUCUUGAUGAGGAGCCGCCACUGGUCGAGGGGGAAGAACCCAGAUUGUACUCUGCGCUUAUUGAUGGACAUUCAGAGCUCAUGGAGAAUGGAAUGCGUCGUCCCAAGUUCCGCGUCCAGCUGUCUGGAAAUCCUAUCCUCGGUGACGGAAAGUCAGACAACCAGAACCAUGCUAUUAUUUUCUACCGUGGCGAGUAUAUUCAACUUGUCGAUGCCAAUCAGGACAAUUACCUCGAAGAAUGUCUGAAGAUUCGAAGCGUUCUUGCUGAAUUUGAGGAAAUGACUGUUGAGAACGUCUCGCCUUAUACCCCCGGACUCCCGCCUACAAAGUUUGAUCCAGUCGCUAUUCUUGGAGCUCGUGAAUAUAUCUUCUCUGAGAACAUCGGUAUCCUGGGUGACGUCGCUGCCGGCAAGGAACAGACUUUUGGUACCCUUUUCGCCCGUACUUUGGCGCAGAUUGGUGGAAAAUUGCAUUAUGGACAUCCCGAUUUCUUGAACGGCAUCUUUAUGACAACACGUGGUGGUGUGUCCAAGGCCCAGAAGGGAUUGCAUCUCAACGAGGAUAUUUAUGCCGGAAUGAACGCUCUUUUGCGUGGAGGGCGUAUUAAACAUUGCGAGUACUACCAAUGCGGUAAAGGGCGUGAUUUGGGUUUCGGAUCUAUUCUCAACUUUACCACGAAGAUUGGAACUGGCAUGGGAGAGCAGAUGCUUUCGCGCGAAUACUAUUAUCUCGGUACUCAGCUUCCUCUGGAUCGUUUCCUGUCUUUCUACUAUGCGCAUCCUGGUUUCCACAUCAACAAUUUGUUCAUUAUGCUAUCGGUUCAGCUCUUCAUGUUUGUCAUGAUCCAUCUUGGUGCUCUCAAGAACCAGGUUGUUGUGUGUGACUACAAUCCCAACAAGCCGAUUACGGAUGAAUUGAAACCUGUUGGAUGCCGCAACAUUGAACCGAUCAUGGACUGGGUUGUGCGUUGCAGUUUGUCAAUUGUCAUCGUGUUCUUCAUUUCUUUUGUUCCUCUUGUUGUUCAGGAACUCACUGAGCGCGGAUUCUGGCGCGCCGCUACUCGUCUUGGAAGACACUUCUGCUCAUGCUCACCUGCCUUUGAGGUCUUUGUGUGCCAGAUUUACGCCAACUCUUUGCUUAACGAUCUCGCCUUUGGUGGUGCUCGCUACAUUGGUACGGGUCGUGGUUUUGCAACUGCUCGUAUCCCUUUUGGUAUCUUGUAUUCACGCUUCGCCGGACCCUCAAUCUACCUGGGCGCCAGGUCUUUGCUGAUGGUGCUUUUCGCUACUUUGACCGUUUGGGGUAUACACCUUCUCUACUUCUGGGCUUCCUUACUUGCUCUCUGCACUUCGCCCUUCGUCUUCAACCCCCACCAGUUUGCAUGGGAUGACUUCUUCAUUGAUUACCGUGACUACUUACGAUGGCUUUCUCGUGGAAACUCGCGCGCCAAUCACCAAUCGUGGAUUUCUUUCUGCCGUCUGUCAAGAACUCGUAUCACUGGUUACAAGCGCAAGGUCCUCGGUGAUCCUUCUGAGAAACUUUCGGGGGACAUGGCUCGUGCAAAGUUCACAAACAUUGUCUUCAACGAGAUUGUUGGGCCGUUCCUUGUCGCCAUUCUCUGUAUUAUCCCCUACUUGUUCAUCAACGCACAGACUGGUGUAAGACAGGAUAAUCCCGGAAACGAGGAUCUGCCUGAGCCCAAACCGACUGGAGCUCUUAUGCGUCUUGCCGUUGUGGCAUUUGCUCCUAUUGCCGUCAAUGCCGGUAUUCUUGCGGGCUUGUUUGGAAUGGCAUGUUGCAUGGGUCCUGUUUUCAGCAUGUGUUGCAAGAAGUUUGGUGGUGGUGAGUUAUUUUUCUCCGAACGUAUUGUUCCUUUAGCUGACCAAGUCAGUUCUUGCCGCCAUUGCCCAUGGUUUGGCUGUUAUUAUGCUCUUUGCAUUCUUCGAAGUCAUGAUGUUCCUUGAGGGAUUCAGCUUCACCAAGGCAUUAUCAGGAAUGAUUGCGGUGGUUUCGAUUCAACGAUGGUUUUAUAAGCUUAUAAUCUCUCUUGCCCUCACCCGAGAGUUCAAGACAGACCAGAGCAAUUUGGCAUUCUGGAACGGAAAGUGGUAUGGUCUUGGUAAGUUUUUUUUCCACAAGAGUAAAGCCUUAACAAUUGAGCUAUCGGCUGACCCUCUCUAGGACUUCAUGCUAUCUCGCAGCCUGGUCGUGAGUUGCUGUGUAAGAUCACGGAACUUGGAAUGUUCUCGGCAGAUUUUAUCCUUGGACAUGUUAUAUUGUUCUUUCAACUGCCCAUUAUCCUGUUCCCUUAUGCGGACCGCAUUCACUCCACUAUGUUGUUCUGGCUGCGCCCAUCCCGCCAAAUUAGACCACCAAUAUACUCCUCCAAGCAAUCGAAGCUCCGAAAGAAGAGAGUCAUCCGAUUUUCUGUCGUUUACUUUCUCAUGCUUGUCGUUUUCCUUGCGCUGAUUGUUGGACCAGUUGUAGCUAGUAUGUGUCCCCUUCCAAUGUAUUCAAAGCCGACCGCUAAUAGUUUGAACAGAGAAAAUACUCAUUGAUGCUACCAAGUCGGUCAACAUCAUGCCUGAUAUGGGGCUUCAGCAACCUCAUGACACUUACUACAAUAAUACCGACACGGCCUACUGGGAAGCAAAUCCCGAUUUGGUUGAUGACGGUGGUAAGGAGUUUAGGGAGGGCGCCCACCAAAACAAGAAUGCGAAUAGCAAGUUCAAACUGAGGUUUUAACUUCAUAUCGUAGUCGUUGUUUCCCCCUUUUUUAAUUUUUUUCUUUUCAUUUUCUCUUUCAUUGUUCUGGGCGGCGAAUAAAUACGGAUACUUUACCCUUGAGCGCAGGUCUUGUGUAUAAAGGGGCGAACUAGUAACGAAGGAUCGUUGUAAUGUUAGUGAUUAGGUGGGACUGUUCAACGAACAGGUGGCAUAGUGGGCGCUGAAUAGAGGUGAUAAAAAAACCAGUUGUCCUUUUUUUUUUUUGCAUAUCGGUUGUACUAUUUUUCUUUUUUUUUUUCCUUUUCUGUUUGUAUCCUUAGGUAAAUAAGGAGAACUAGUGAGGGUGAGGUAUUACGAUUUUUCUUUCUUAUCAUUUCUUAUUCUAUAUAAAUGUGUAGUCUUGCGAGGGAACAAAUAGUAUAGUUUUUUUUCUCUCG